CGUCGGCCGCCAAUGAUUGCUUCUCCUUUCCUCUCAAUCUUGUGCUUGUGCUUUUGCUAUUGCUUCUCCUUUCCCCUCCUCCCCUCUUCCUCCAACGUUAGCUGCAGCCACAUCCACAGCAAACAAACAACUCGCCCAUCGUUCCAACUCGCAGGCAUAGCUAUGGAACCUUUGGCGAUUUCUGCGGCUGGCUUCCUCGGCCAGAGGCUGGUUUCUCUCCUCCAACUCGACAAAAAACUCAAAGAUUUAGUUGAUAUUGAAAGAAAGAUGGAGAAGCUCAAGGAGUUGCCAACAAUUAUCGACACCGUGAUCCAAUAUGUGGAGGCCUGCUCUGUGAGGGAUGCCGCUGUGAAGAAGUUGCUAAGGAACCUCAAACACUUGGCCUACGAUCUGGAGGAUGUUGUGGAUUACUACGACACAAAAGCAUUGCGGAAGCAAAGAUCAAGAGCAUAUUCCAGGCCGGUGCGCGAUUUCUUCUCUUUUAAUAAUAAUCAACUUGUAUUUAAGAGCAGGAUAAGUGGCAUGAUAAAAGCAGUAACGGAGAAUCUAGAUUCUAUUUUGCUUGACAAGGCCAUCCUUGAAAAUUUGCCACAAGGUACUAAUCGGAUCUCACAAAGUGCCUACAGAGAGUUCCAUUCGCACAAUAGCCUGGCUGUUAUAGGGAGAGAAACAGAGAAAGAGAUGAUUAUCAACAUGCUAACAGAUGAAGAAGGAAGCAGCAAUAGUACGACAAUGAAGGUCAUCGCCAUCGUUGGGAUGGGUGGCCUGGGAAAGACUACACUUGCUCGUCAUGUUUUCAAUGAUGAGAGGGUCAAAGCUCAUUUUGGAAAGCUUAACACGUACUGGAAAGUUGUUGGAGCAGAAUUUGAUCCUACCAAGAUAAUGAAAUCUAUUUUAGAACUGGCUACUGGUGCACCGGUCAGCAUCUCAGAACCAGAGUUAGUGAAGAGGGAACUAGAAAAGGCCUUAUCAGAGAAGAGAUUUCUGCUCGUGUUGGAUGAUGUAUGGAAUGAAGAUAAAUCACAGUGGACGGCACUGGAAGCAGUCUUAACAUGUGGGGCAAGAGGAAGUAAAGUUUUAGUGACUACCCGUAGUCCAAAGGUCUCUUCGAUCAUGGGCUCAUUCAACACCCACCAAAUACAGCAGUUGCCCCGGGAUGAUUGUUUGUCCUUGUUUCAACAAUUUGCUUUUGGAGACGAAGAACCAAAUGAGAAUUUGAUGGAAAUCGGUGGAAAGAUUGUUGAGAAAUGUGGUGGUGUGCCCUUGGCUGCCAAAUCUCUUGGCAGCUUGCUCCAUAGCACUCGAGACGAAACUUAUUGGUCCUCGGUAUUGAACAGUGAAGUAUGGCAGCUCGGUGAUGAGGGCGAGAAAUUCUUAGCUGUGCUCAAGUUGAGCUACGACGCUCUCCCUCUGCGGUCAAAGAAGUGCUUUGCAUUUGGCUCCCUAUUCCCAAAGAAUUACGUGAUGAAAAAGGAUGAGUUGAUUCAGCUGUGGACAGCAAAUAGUUUCGUAUGUUCAGAAGGGAAUUUUAAUGCUGAAACAGAUGGCAACCGCAUCUUUGAUGAUCUAGUACUGAGGUCAUUCUUUCUCUUGGCACCUUCCGAGAAGUGCGAUGAUGAUGGUCGUCAUGUAACCGAGUGCACAAUGCAUGAUUUAAUGCAUGACCUAGCACGAUCAAUAUCUGAAGAUGAAUUUUACAAUGACGUCGAUGAUGGGAAAAAGGAUAUUCAAAAGAGAACAUACCAUAUAUGGCUAAAAUAUGAAGAAAUUUCAAACACUUCUUUAUUCAAGAUGCCGUUGUACUUGCGCACCUUAUCAUUGAGAUCUUGUCUUUCAUUUAAGAAGGCCCAUCUGUUUCAGUUUGUCUUCUCAAAGUUGAAAUUAUUGCGGGUGUUAGAUUUAAGUAACAAUGACAUCAAAGAGGUGCCAACAUCAAUUGGAAAUUUGAUACAUUUGAGGUACCUCAACUUGUUUAUGAAUGAGAUUAAAGUUCUACCUGACGCCAUUACUCUUCUCCAGAAUUUGCGAUAUCUCAAUCUCAUUGAGAAUCCCCUUCAACAGUUGCCAAAAAAAUUAAGGAAUAUGCAAAGUCUUGGGUAUCUUCAUUGUGAUUGUUUUGAUUUGACUCACAUGCCCCUUGGGUUGUCACGACUGACUAGUCUUCGAAGUUUAUCAUGCUUUGUUAGUGAUGAUAAUAGAACUGGCUCAUGUUCAAUUACAGAACUUGAGGAUUUGAAGCUUCAUGGAAACAUGAGAAUCCAAUUUUCCAAGAAUUCCAGUAAUUAUUCUUGUGGUGGAAGAAAAAUUUUAAAGAAUAAAAAUUUUAAUGAAUUAUCCUUAUCCUUUAAUUUUUCGGAAACUAAUGACAUGAGUAUGCUGGAUGAUCUUUGCCCCAACAUGAAUUUAAAGAAGUUGGAGAUAUGCAAUUACGGGAGCCGACAAUUUCCAACAUGGUUGAUGGAGCUACAGUUUCCAAAUUUGGUUGAAGUUAUUCUCAAUUACAGUUAUAAUUGUGAGCAUGUUCCUCCUUUUGGAAAUCUCCAAUCUCUUAGAAAGCUUGCCAUAAACAGCAUGGGUGAAGUGAAACGCAUGGGUGCCGAAUUCCAUGGGCACGGACCAAUUAGAGGCUUUCCUUCCCUCCAAGAAUUGCAGUUAGAAUGGAUGCUUAAUUUAGAGGAAUGGUCAGAGUCUGAUGAUGCCGAAAAGUUGUUCCCUUUGCUGAAGACCCUGAAGAUUCUCAAUUGCCCAAAACUGAAAACCAUGCCAAGGUUUCCAACAAUUGAAUUUCUUAAUCUCGAUAACUGCAGUGAGAGCCUAGUCUCAUGUGUCAGAAGAAUGACUUCUCUUUCUCAUCUCAUACUGGAGGGCAUGAAGGGCAUGACAUCUCUUCCAAGUGGCUGCUUAAGAAAUCUCACAUCGUUGAUGAGAUUGGAAAUUCUAAGCUGCAAUGAACUCCAAUUUCUUCCUAGGGAAGAAAUGCAGCUCCUAACAAUGCUUCACUCAUUGUCCAUCGAGAAAUGUAACAAUUUGACAUCCUUCCCGUUAGAAAUGGGACGUCUUGGUGCUCUUCGAUAUCUCUGUUUCAAAAAUCCUGACAACAACACACUAGCUCCUAACAAUGGUUCGCUCAUUGUACAAAUCCUGAAUUCAGUGCAUGAGUUCGACAUUCAGAUUUGUGGCAAGAAUGUGAAUUUACUUGGGCAACUACAACACUUACAUACGCUCCGAGAAUUGAGGAUAAGUGGUUCACAUGAUAGUACUGAUGAAGGUGUGAUACUGGAAUACAUUAGGGCAAGCUUACGAAUUUGCUGUUGUGAUGAAUUGGAAUCCUUGAUGACAACAGCACCAUCGACCAGUGUGCUAGAAGUUCUAUACAUAUAUGAUACGCCCAACCUCACGAUCUUACCUGAAUGGCUACAGUAUCUCAGAUCACUCGUACGCUAUCGAUCCACAACUGCAUCCAAUUAGGAUCGCUUCCAAGGGGUCUACAAGACCUCAGUUUGCUGAAAUAUUUGUUCAUUGAAGAGUGUUGCCUACAACUGACAAGAAGAUGCAAAAGGGAGACAGGCGAAGAUUGGCCGAACAUUUCACAUGUGCCACAUAUUGAUAUUUCUACAAGAGUCGAAGCUCAAUGUUGUGGUCCGUUUGAUAGGUUCUUCAAAAUCAAUCCCACAAGAUGGAGAGAGAUAUAAUUGCAACUGACAGCGAGGAAGCAGAGCAAUUCGUUCUACGCGCUAGCUCUUGGACCGGUUGUCUGGUGUUUUGUUAAAUACUUCUUUUAAAUCUACUUUGUGCAUAAUUAGAAUUAGAAUUGUUGAAAACAAAAGAUCUGUGAUUCGCUGUGGAAUUAUUUUAAAAAUAAAAUCAUUUUUGAAUUA